CCCUCUUUCAGCCUGGUCUCCUCACACCGGAACUACAACUUCCGGUUGACCUGUCGCUACCUCUCCGUCCAGUACGGCGAUGCCAAGGUCCUCACCCCCGCAGUCAAGCAGUAUGUGGAGAAGUGCGUGGAUCUCUGCCAGCCGGAACGGGUGCACAUCUGCGAUGGAACCGCGGGCGAGAGCCAGUUGCUCCAGGGACUGAUGCUCAAGCAGGGAACCAUCGUUCCGCUGCCCAAGUACGAGAACUGCUGGCUGGCACGCACCAAUCCGGCGGAUGUGGCUCGAGUGGAGGGCAAGACCUUCAUCUCGACGGACAGCAAGGAGCAGACAGUUCCGGUGACGGAGAAGGCGACUCCGGGAAUGCUGGGCAAUUGGAUGGCGGAGGGGGAUCUGCAGGCGGCCAUCAAGGAGCGAUUCCCGGGCUGCAUGAAGGGACGCACCAUGUACGUAAUUCCCUUCAGCAUGGGUCCCGUGGGCUCACCGCUCUCCAAGAUCGGCAUCGAGAUCACCGAUUCACCUUAUGUGGUGGAAUCCAUGAAGAUCAUGACCAGGGCGGGCAAUCCAGUGCUGGAGCAUCUGCAGAGCGGCGAUGGUCAGUUCGUAAAGUGUCUGCAUUCGGUGGGCACUCCGAAGAGUGGUGUCCAGGCCAUGCCAUCCUGGCCCUGCGAUCCCGAGCGCACCAUUGUCCUGCACAAGCCGGCGGAGAAUGAGAUCGUGUCCUAUGGCUCUGGGUAUGGAGGCAACUCGCUGCUGGGCAAGAAGUGCUUGGCCCUGAGGAUUGGCAGCACCAUUGCCAAGCGAGAGGGCUGGCUGGCCGAGCACAUGCUCAUCCUGGGAAUCACCAAUCCGCAGGGCAAGAAGAUCUACAUAGCUGCCGCCUUUCCCUCGGCCUGUGGAAAGACCAAUCUGGCCAUGAUGACGCCCACAUUGCCGGGCUACAAGGUGGAGUGCGUGGGCGAUGACAUCGCCUGGAUGAAGUUCGACAAGAAGGGAGUUCUGCGAGCCAUCAACCCAGAGAAUGGAUUCUUUGGCGUGGCUCCCGGAACCUCGAGGUCCACAAAUCCCAUUGCCAUGGACACGAUAUUCCGCAACUCGGUCUUCACAAAUGUGGCUUCCACUUCGGAUGGAGGGGUUUACUGGGAGGGAAUGGAAAGGGAUCAGCUAAAGGGUGUGACGGUCACCGACUGGCUGGGCAAACUGUGGUCCCAGGAAUCCGGCAAACCGGCUGCGCAUCCCAACUCCCGCUUCUGCACCCCGGCUGCCCAGUGCCCCAUCAUAGAUCCCGCCUGGGAGGACAGUGAGGGAGUGCCCAUCUCGGCCAUCCUCUUCGGCGGACGUCGUCCCACUGGCGUUCCCUUGGUCUACGAGGCCAGGGAUUGGAAGCAUGGAGUCUUUGUUGGCGCCACCAUGCGGAGUGAGGCCACCGCAGCGGCUGAGUUCAAGGGCAAGGUGAUCAUGCACGAUCCCUUCGCGAUGCGACCCUUCUUUGGCUACAACUUUGGUGGCUACCUGGGUCACUGGUUGAGCAUGGAGCAGCGGGGAACGGUGCCCAAGAUCUUCCAUGUCAACUGGUUCCGCAAGAGUAGCGAGGGCAAGUUUCUGUGGCCCGGAUUCGGUGACAACUCCAGGGUCCUCGACUGGAUCUUCCGGCGGGUGGAGGGCGAGAAAUGCUUCGUAGACUCUCCCAUCGGCCGUCUGCCCUCUAAGGAUUCUCUGAAUUUAGAGAGCCUGAAGGAAAACAUUGAUCUCGAGCAGCUAUUCGAUCUGCCAAAGGACUUUUGGGAGCAGGAGGUAGCCUCCAUUGAGAAGUACUUCGAGGAGCAGGUGGGCCACCAUCUGCCGGCUGCAGUGGCCGAGCAGCUGAGGGAACUGAAGGCGCGUGUGGCGGCCAUGUGAUGUGCCUGUUCCAUAGGUUACUCCCUAAUCUAAGACUAAGACCCCUUAUUGCCUAAAAUAAAACCAAACGAAACGAACGAGAUUUUUAUAGCGAAA